AGUCCCGCCGCGAAGAUGCUCAAAGUCACGGUGCCCUCGUGCUCCGCCUCGUCCUGCUCUUCGGUCACCGCCAGUGUGGCCCCGGGGGCCGGGAGCCUCGUCCCGGAUUACUGGAUCGACGGCUCCAACAGGGAUGCUUUGAACGAUUUCUUCGAGGUGGAGUCGGAGCUGGGACGGGGUGCUACAUCCAUUGUAUACAGAUGCAAACAGAAGGGGACCCAGAAGCCUUAUGCUCUCAAAGUGUUAAAGAAAACAGUGGACAAAAAAAUCGUAAGAACUGAGAUAGGAGUUCUUCUUCGCCUCUCACAUCCAAACAUUAUAAAACUUAAAGAGAUAUUUGAAACCCCUAUAGAAAUCAGUCUGGUCCUAGAACUCGUCACAGGAGGAGAGCUGUUUGACAGGAUUGUGGAAAAGGGAUAUUAUAGUGAACGAGAUGCUGCAGAUGCUGUCAAACAAAUCCUGGAGGCAGUUGCUUACCUACAUGAAAAUGGGAUUGUCCAUCGUGAUCUCAAACCAGAGAAUCUUCUCUAUGCAACUCCAGCCCCAGAUGCACCACUCAAAAUUGCUGAUUUUGGACUCUCUAAAAUCGUGGAACAUCAAGUGCUCAUGAAGACAGUAUGUGGAACCCCAGGGUACUGCGCACCUGAAAUUCUUAGAGGCUGUGCCUAUGGACCUGAGGUGGACAUGUGGUCUGUAGGAAUAAUCACCUACAUCUUACUUUGUGGAUUUGAACCAUUCUAUGAUGAAAGAGGCGAUCAGUUCAUGUUUAGGAGAAUUCUGAACUGUGAAUAUUACUUUAUCUCCCCCUGGUGGGAUGAAGUAUCUCUAAAUGCCAAGGAUUUGGUCAGAAAAUUAAUUGUGUUGGAUCCUAAGAAAAGGCUGACUACCUUCCAAGCUCUCCAGCACCCGUGGGUCACAGGUAAAGCAGCCAAUUUUGUACACAUGGAUACAGCUCAAAAGAAGCUCCAAGAAUUCAAUGCCCGGCGCAAGCUCAAGGCAGCAGUGAAGGCCGUGGUGGCCUCUUCCCGGUUGGGAAGCGCCAGCAGCAGCCAUGGCAGCAUCCAGGAGAGCCAGAAGGCCAGCCGAGAGCCAUCUCCAACACAAGAUGGCAAUGAAGAUGUUAAAGCUAUUCCGGAAGGAGUGAAAAUUCAAGGAGAUGGGGCCCAAGUGGCAGUUGAGGGGGCAGAGGCUGAGCUGAUGAAGGUGCAGGCCAUAGAGAAAGUUAAAGAUGCUGAAAUAAAUGCUGCUGAGGCCACCAAGAUGGUGCCCGAGGCAUUAGAGGAUGGGAUAAAGGAGGCUGACCCAGAAAUAGAGGAGGGCCUAGUGGAGGAAAAGCUGAAGACUGUUGAGGAAGCAGCAGCCCCCAAAGAAGGGCAAGAAAACCCUGCUCUGGAAUUUGGAGCUCAGCAGAAUGAUGUGAUCCUGCCAGAGUACUAA